GGAGGAGGCGGGCGCGGCGGCCGCGGUGCGCUCGGCCCGGGCGGAGCCGAGCAGUCCCCGCCGCCCGCGCCCACAAGUUGCCGGCAGCCGCGCGCCGCGCCGCCCGCUCCCCGCGCAGCCCCCCGAGUGCCCCCGCGGGCACGCGCCCCCGAUGCGAAGCGGCGCCGCGGGCCCCCAGCCCCGGGCGCGAUCGUCGCAGACUCUCGCCGAAGCGUCGGCUCCGCUGAACCCCGCGGCUGGAAGAUGUGGCAGCCGGCCACCGAGCGCCUGCAGCACUUUCAGACCAUGUUGAAGUCUAAGUUGAAUGUCCUGACACUGAAGAAGGAGCCUCUUCCGGCGGUGAUCUUCCACGAGCCGGAGGCCAUCGAGCUGUGUACCACCACCCCUCUCAUGAAGACCAGGACACACAGCGGCUGCAAGGUUACCUACUUGGGUAAAGUCCCUACCACGGGCAUGCAGUUUCUGUCUGGCUGCACAGAAAAGCCAGUCAUCGAGCUCUGGAAGAAGCAUACGCUAGCCCGAGAAGACAUCUUUCCAGCCAACGCCCUCCUGGAAAUCCGGCCUUUCCAAGUCUGGCUCCACCACCUUGAUCACAAAGGGGAGGCCACGGUCCACAUGGAUACCUUCCAGGUAGCCCGCAUUGCCUACUGCACCGCCGACCACCACGUGAGCCCCAACAUCUUCGCCUGGGUUUACAGGGAGAUCAAUGACGACCUGUCGUAUCAGAUGGACUGUCAUGCGGUGGAGUGUGAGAGCAAGCUGGAGGCCAAGAAGCUGGCCCAUGCCAUGAUGGAAGCCUUCAAGAAGACUUUCCACAGCAUGAAGAGCGACGGCCGGAUCCACAGGAACAGCUCCUCCGAAGAGGUCUCCCAGGAGUUGGAAUCUGAUGACGGCUGAAUGGACUCAGCUCCAGAAAAUGCAGCAUUGGUCAAGGAAUUCCAGAAGCUAGAUGAAUAAGCAACGCAUCAAAUUGGGAUGAAAAGACUGCCACACGAUUGGAUGGCCACGCUUUUAAAAUUCAAAUGAAAUGUAUUAUUAAAGUAAUUACAUGACAUUGAAAUCUGCUCCUGCUGUGACUGUGAGGAGGGUGGGAGUGUGGAUGGGGAGGAAGGUUCUAUGUUCUCUUACUCUUAUUUCCCCCUUCGUUUUCCAAUGCCUCCCUGGAGUGGGAUGUCCAUGCUGAUUUUCACCUCUCAGGCAAAUACACGGGGGUUGUUUGGUGGACCAUUCCAGCUUGCCUUAUGGUACCCAACAAGAAUGAUAGUGCACCUAGGGGAUCCCUAGUCAUUGGGGGAGGUAGAGAAUGCUGAUGCUCAUGUUGAGGCCAGAGGGGUGAAGGAACACCUCAGGUGGAUCCCGAGAGCUCCCCUUCAUGGCAUGUUCCAGAUACUCUCCUCAGUAAGCAGAUCAGCACAGCCUGUAUUAAGCUUUACCACUAACAACCUGGUAGCUGGCAGUUAAUUCAGUUACGGAUAAUGCUUUUAUUUACACAAGUAUAUCAAGUAGUACCCUCUUAUUGUAUUCACGCCGUCUAUUUUCAUAGGAUACCCUGGAUUUCUAAUGAUAGAGUCUUUCCUCCUCCCAUGAUUUCACGAUCUUGCCAAUUCCUGCCAACUCCCCUACGGGAUGGCGAUCUCAAUGUAACUGCAGGACACCAAAGGGGAAGAAGGCAACCAAGCCGAUGAUGGGAUGAAGAAUCAAACAGACUAGGAGUUUAAAACCCACCAUUAGUACCACCACUGCAGAAACCUUGUAAAAAAUAAAAGGGGGACGAGUUUAACAGCAAAUGAGCAAAUCCCCCACAGGCUGUCCCCUUUUCACCUUUGAGUUAUGCUAACUUAUUUUGUUGGAUGGUCCUAUCUGCUGAAUCCUUCCCAUCAGGCUUCAAAUCUGAUUGUUAUCUCCCCAGGGAAGUCUGGCCUGCAUCCCUCAGCAUUGCACUAGUGUAGGGAAUGAGUCAUACACACUUCACUGGUCCAGAAAGCCUGUGUCCUUCUGCAUCUGAAAGGAAAUCUCAGCUUGUUCUCUUAAAACCAGGGGCAUCUUCCUGGCAGUGUUCCCAAGCGGUUCACUCUUUCUGCUAAGUGGCCCUCCUGGAGAAAACUGGCACUUUCUCCUGGCCGAAAAAAAAAAAUCAACCCGGAAUGAAAUUAUAUUUGUGAAAAUAUGUGCAUUUGUGCAUUGAAAGCUGAGAGCAGAUGAGCAGUUUACUCGGUAAUGUUGCUCCUUAUUCAAGUCUCUUUUUGAAUCCUGGUCAUGUUGGGGACACAGGCAUACUUGAGAGAAGCCUUAAAGAAGAGCUAAAGGAAGCCAGAGAGUGGCAGCGUUGGUGUUUGGGUCUAUAUAUCUGUGUGUCUCCGUGUAUGCGUCUGUGUGUGUUCGUGUGCCCCCCUGUUGGGUCCCGUCCUAAGGCAUGUAGAAUAAGCAUGGAGUUCUGUGGAAGACAGCUCGCCUCUUGGAGAUAUGCUUGCUGCUUUACAACACAUGUAAACGAUUCUUUAGCAUAAAUGCAUCCAUUCUUUAAUAAAAUUAUGUUUGCAUUCAUAAA